GAUUUAUACAAUUUUAUUUUUCCUUCUGGAGCAUGACGGGGUUGGAUAAUGUUUUACACAUGCUCUAAAAUGGGAGAUCAUGUUUGGGCUUAUAAAUAGUUGACAGACUUGGUUGAGUAGUGCAGAGUGAAGCGUUGUUGGAGAAGAAGAAGAGAAGACAAGUAGCAAAGAUGUUUUCAGGGGUUGCAGGUCUUAUAAACAGGGGGCACAAAGUGAAGGGUACAGUGGUUUUGAUGCAAAAGAAUGUGUUGGACAUAAACGCACUUACCUCUGCUCAAUCCGCAACUGGUAUCAUCGGCGGUGCCAUCGGGAUCGUCGGUGGCGCCAUUGGCACCGCCGUUGACACCCUCACUUCCUUUUUGGGCCGAUCUGUCGCUCUUAAGCUCAUUAGUGCCACCGCUGCUGAUGGAUCUGGAAAAGGAAAAGUGGGAAAGCAAACUUUUUUGGAGGGUAUUGUUACCUCUCUAGCAACUUUGGGAGCAGGCCAAUCUGCAUUCAAUAUCCAUUUUGAAUGGGACAGUGACAUGGGAAUUCCUGGAGCAUUUUAUAUUGAGAAUUUUAUGCAAGUUGAAUUCUACCUUGUCAGUUUGACUCUUGAAGACAUCCCUAACCAUGGCACCGUUCACUUUCUUUGCAAUUCAUGGGUUUACAAUUCAAAGAAGUAUAAAAGUGAUCGCAUUUUCUUUGCCAACAAGACAUACCUCCCAAGUGAAACACCAGCUCCAUUAGUCAAGUAUAGAGAAGAAGAAUUGAAGGUUUUACGAGGAGAUGGAACAGGAGAGCGCAAAGAACAUGAAAGGAUUUAUGAUUAUGAUGUCUACAAUGAUUUGGGUGAACCUGACUCAAAGGCUAGUCUGGCUCGUCCAGUUCUUGGAGGAAACAGUACCUUACCUUAUCCUCGCAGGGGAAGAACUGGCAGAAAACCAUCUAAGAAAGAUCCUAAAAGUGAGAGUCGCAGCGAUUCUGUUUACCUACCAAGAGAUGAAUCAUUUGGUCACUUAAAGUCAUCGGAUUUUCUUGUUUAUAUACUUAAAUCUGCUUCCCAAAAUGUUAUACCUCAAUUGCAAUCUGCACUCAAAUUGCAAAUUAAUCAGCCUGAGUUUAAUAGCUUUGAUGAAGUGCGUGGACUCUAUGAUGGUGGAAUUAAGUUACCUACUAAUGUACUUAGCCAGAUUAGCCCUAUUCCUUUAUUCACAGAACUUUUCCGAACUGAUGGUGAACAAGUCCUUAAGUUUCCACCACCUAAAGUGAUUCAAGUGAAUCAAUCUGGAUGGAUGACUGACGAAGAAUUUGCAAGAGAGAUGAUUGCUGGUGUAAAUCCACACAUUAUUAAAAGACUUCAGGAAUUCCCGCCAAAGAGCAGGCUAGAUAGCCAAUUGUAUGGUGAUAACACUAGCACCAUAACCAAAGAACACUUGGAGCCAAACAUGGGUGGGCUCACUGUAGAACAGGCUAUCCAGAGUAACAAAUUGUUCAUACUAGACCACCACGACACACUCAUUCCAUAUUUGAGGCGAAUAAAUUCAACUGACACAAAGGCCUAUGCUACUCGGACCUUCCUUUUGUUGCAAGAUAAUGGAACCUUAAAGCCAUUGGCCAUUGAGCUAAGUAGGCCACAUCCUCAGGGUGAUAAUUUUGGUCCUAUUAGUAACGUUUACCUUCCAGCAAGCCAAGGUGUUGAAGCUUCCAUUUGGCUUCUUGCCAAGGCUUAUGUAGUUGUAAAUGACUCUUGCUAUCACCAACUUGUCAGCCAUUGGUUGAACACUCAUGCAGUUGUUGAGCCAUUUAUCAUAGCAACAAACAGGCAUCUUAGUGUGGUUCACCCUAUUUACAAACUUCUGUUUCCACACUAUCGUGACACAAUGAACAUCAACGCACUUGCAAGGAAUGUCCUAGUCAAUGCUGAGGGUAUCAUAGAAUCAACAUUCUUGUGGGGUGGCUUUUCUUUGGAAAUGUCAGCUGUUGUAUACAAGGAUUGGGUUUUCACUGAGCAAGCACUACCUGCUGAUCUUGUCAAGAGAGGAGUGGCUGUUGAAGAUCCAUCUUCUCCUCAUGGCCUUCGUCUUUUGAUAGAGGACUAUCCUUAUGCUGCUGAUGGGCUAGAGAUUUGGGCUGCCAUCAGAUCAUGGGUUCAAGAAUAUGUCUUUUUCUACUACAAAUCAGAUGCUGCUGUUGCACAAGAUACUGAACUCCAAGCCUUUUGGAAAGAGCUUGUAGAGGUUGGUCAUGGUGACAAGAAACAUGAAUCAUGGUGGCCAAGGAUGCAAACACGUGAAGAGUUGAUCCAUUUUUGCACCAUCCUCAUAUGGACUGCUUCAGCCCUUCAUGCAGCUGUUAAUUUUGGACAGUAUCCAUAUGGUGGUUAUAUUCUUAACCGACCAACACUUAGUAGGAGAUUCAUGCCUGAGAUAGGGUCCCCUGAGUAUGAUGAGCUUGCUAAGAACCCUCAGAAGGUGUUUUUGAGAACAAUUACAGGGAAGAAUGAUGCCCUUAAAGAUCUUACAAUUAUAGAGGUCCUAUCAAGACAUGCUUCUGAUGAGUUAUACCUUGGACAAAGAGAUGGUGGUGACUUAUGGACUUCUGAUACACAACCAUUAGAGGCAUUCAAGAGGUUUGGUCAAAAACUAGCUGAAAUUGAGAAAAAGCUCAUUCAAAGGAACAACGAUGAGACACUGAGGAACCGAUAUGGCCCAGUGCAGAUGCCUUACACUUUGCUUUAUCCUUCAAGUGAGGAAGGGUUGACUUGCAGAGGCAUUCCUAAUAGUAUCUCCAUUUGAAGAGGUUUAUGGUUGUGUCGCAGUUUUAAAUAAAAGAUGAGAAAGGAAUCCAAUUCCUUUGUUCCCUUAUGUAUGGUUUCUGUGUAUGUUUGGGUGUUGUGAUGGUGUGCAUCAAUAAGAACUCUUGUACCGUGCUAUAUUCACAAAAUGAAAUGCAACCUUCAUUUUGGCAUUGAAAUUCACAAAACUAGCAUGAAAUUCAAAUUAUGAUGAUGCCUAAGUUGGC